UUUGACGAAUAAAAUCGCGUACGCUGUAGUACCCGCGAGUACGUCCGCGACACACCGCGAAGUAAUUUAUUGGCUAUCUGGUUCAAACUGAUCGAAAGCAAAAGCGUAACAUUUGUUAUAGUUUGUUGAAUACUUGAUGGAGACGAAAUUUUUGAAAGCGAGAAGUUAUAGUGAAUCAAUUGGAAGUGCAGUUGUUUCAGUGAAGUUGCUGAAUUACUAGUUUGCGUGAUUUUGGAAAACCUGUGGCCUUUGAUGCAAUAUACCGCGAAAGUGCUCAUAUAAGAAACAGUUAGAAAAGCAAAUAAAAAUAGCAACAAAUUAACCUGAAAAAAAAGCAAACGAAGCAAUAUCAUUGGAUAUAGAAAGGUGCCGUUGCCGAUUUGCGUUAUUUGAAGGAUACACGUCGCCUCUGAAAGAAAGCAAGACGCAAUAUUGGAAGGUGUUACGUGUUCUGUCGAAAAAAAAUCUAAGUUAUAAUUAAGAGAAAGAAGUGCUUUCGUUACUGUGCUUAAACACUCAAGCAUACAGAGAAGCUGAGUGUUGCUACUUUGUGCUGUGAUAAUUCCAAGCAAAAACGCUAACAUUUAGCAGCAAAUUGAAAAAGUUUAAGUGCAAAAAUGAGCUCGAACAGGCAGGGCGGCCCGGUGGGUCGCAUCGUUGACAAGAUAAAGCGAACGAUGACAAACGAAGGGGAUGACACACGCGAUCCCCUGCAGUACGGUUACCAGCGUGUCAACACCGCGGAAGGAUCGCUUUCCACAUCGACCACCGGUACCAGCCUGGAUACGAUCGUACUGGAUACGAACGCCGAGGACCUCAACAGUACCCCACGGGUAGGGGCCCAGCGGACGUUUAGUCCGAUUUUGGAAACGGAGGACACGAAUCUGUUUCUGGAUUCGCCUACACUGGGACAAAAAUCGCCCCCGUCCGUGAGUGAACCGAAGACCAAAAGUAAAUCGUCACUGAAAGGAUCGAGGGUGUCCUUCGAUCAGGAGGAUCGGUUCGAUGAGACCGACGAAGGCUUCCGCAAACAGAGGGAACACUUUCAGAAAAAUAAAAGCCACAGCACCUCGGAGCACAAGAAUCUGUUGAUAAAGGAACUUCGACAUCUGCUCGCCGCCGACAACCGUCGCCAGUUCCAGGGCAAAAAGCAUGUCUCCCUGGACGUCCAAAGUUCCCGGGUGCUCGAGGAACUGCUGAAGGCUUCGUCCUCGGAGGACGACUUCGAGGACCAGCGCAAACAGUUCCAGGAGCGUAAACACAAAAGCCUGGACGCCCGCCAUAUUUCGUUCAAAUUCGAAAAGGAACCGUCACCGUCCAGCAGUGAAGAAGACUUCGAACCAUCGACCUCGUUGCUUAAGAUAGAUGCCGAUAUCACCAAACCGGUUAUCAUCGACUUCAAAGACCUAGAAUCGAGCGAGGACGAAGACUACCUGUCCUCGCGGAAACAUUUCCAGUCGGCGAAGUCGAUGAGCACCGACUCGCGCAAAAGCAACAAAAGUAUACGGUUCUUCGAAAUGGAAAUGGGCACCAAGGAGGAGAACAUUCGGACGGCCGUGCCCUUCGUGCGACAAAUCACGGAGGAUGGAAAGCCAAAGCUCGAAGUGUAUCGGCCCACCACGAAUCCGAUUUAUAUUUGGACACAGGUCUUGGCAGCACUAUCGGUAUCGCUUGGUUCCAUGGUUGUAGGAUUCUCGUCAGCUUACACCUCACCGGCGCUGGUGUCCAUGAAGGAUCGGAACAUAACUUCGUUUGAAGUUACGGAUCAAUCGGUGAGUAUUUUGUGUGUGCGUGUUUUUAAUCAUUGUUGAAAAGUGAUAAUGUGU